CGGGUGCAGACGAGGAGGGACCGUCUACAGGGAAGAGAAAGGAGAGAGAGGAGGGGGCGCGGUCGGGAGCGCAUAAUAGGCUUAGACAAAAUACAAUGAAGGAGUCGUACUGUUCACAGUGCCAAAUGGAGUUCAAGAAGAAGUGGUUGAGGUUUGUCUACAGUCAACAUUUGGCAUUCAACAUCUUCCGGAGCGAGCCCUGGUUGGACGUCGUCCGACACUUCAGGGAAUUGCCUGGGCUAGUGAAGGUUUUGUGGCCUUCGGAGAACGAAAUUGCGGACAUAGAGACAGUUGUCUGCACGACGGACGAUGUGGCGGAUGAUCUCGCGGAGGUCAGGGCUCCUUUCUAUGUCACGGGGGCCACCAUCAUGUCGGACGAUAGGAAGUCACGUGAUGCUAAGCCCAUCGCUAACUUCCUUGCCGGCGGGUCGCGUGGGGUGAUGCUGAUCCAGACAAUGAAUAGGGAGGGUGAGCGGGACCAGGCGUCUGAUGUUUUGGCGCGCUGGAUCAAGGUGUUUGGUGAGUUCCCUCCUAGGUGGGUGAAGGCCAUCUGCACCGACUCUGCCUCGGCGUUGGACCGUGGAGGGUUGCAUAUGUCGCGGGUUGUUCAGUGGACACAGAAUGUGACCCAAGAGGUGUUACAGGAGGUUCGCGAACUUCCGUCGGAUUCUGCACACUUUAUUGUGCAGAAGGUGCAGGCUCGGUGCGCUCACAUGUUGGAGUCGGCGCACACUGCUGCUGACCUUCUCUGUCCUAGCCGGCGGGACUUGAGGUACUACGAGGGCGUAGUCAGCGACUACGAUGCGAGUUUGGUGAGGGAGGCGGACACUUACAUCUUGUCGCAGACAAGGUUCGAUGUAGCGAGCCCCGAGUACGAGACCGCAUGUGCGCAGUUCUGCGACUUUCACUCACGGAGGGGGACCAUUGCGUUGGGGGAGAGGGACGGAGACAGAGAGGCAUAGAGGUGCACCGACGAUGUGGAGACGUAUGAGGCUGGGUGUUGGUGGUCGACAUGGGGACAGUGCGCCCCGCAGUUGCAGGUUAUCGCGCUUCUUGUGUACAUGUGGACGUGCUCCUCUCCCGCGGAGAGGAAUUGGGCCAUCCACAAGGGUGUACAAAUGAAGAAGCGUAACCGUC